UUACCCCUGGUUUACCCGAGAACAAUGUCCCACUCGCGCAGCAUCCAUGUCUGGCUCAACCCUCGAUUCUUUUGUGGGGCUGCCCCCGUUGCAGUCGAACUUUGAAUGCAUCGCCACUUCGCAGGAGGUUCGAGACCGCGGGUCUAUCUUCGUCGCCAAUAUUUUCGCCGCGGCCAGCGUCAAGGAAGCCCACAGAGUCCAUGCGCACGUCAAGAACGUUGUUCAUGGCUCGAAGCCAGCUACGCACGAGGUUGCUGCGUGGCGAUGUAUGGUGUUGAAGUCAGGGAAGAGUGGGCUAGGUGGUCCAGAUGACUUCGAGCUGCGGACGGGCAGCGUAGACGACGGAGAGCAGCAUGCGGGAGCGAAGGUGCUGAAGGCCAUCCAGGAAGAGGGUGUGAUCGACGCUGUGGUCAUUGUUAGCAGAUGGUACGGGGGCGUUAUGCUCGGGCCCGUCCGCUUCGCCCACUUCGAGACCUGCGCGCGGGAGGUCUGCCGAACGUUCCGGUUGAAGGACGACAUGGGUAGCUUGAUCGCCACCCUCACAUCGUUGGAUGAUAUCCUUGCGUCUCUGCGUAUCGACCUUGCGAAGGCCACGGCGAACAGCGCGGACGCAGCUUCAACUACGGCGGAGCCUUCCACGAGGAAGACAGCAAACUACGACUCCUUGCAGGAGUCGCUAGAUAUCAAGAGAGCGAGGCGGCUUGUCACUGCAAGAGAGAACGCCAUCAAGAGCGUGAAGGCCGCUCUGAAGAAACAGCAAGAGCGCAUUGCGGAGGGUUGAGCUCUCGGUCUGCACCGCCUGGCUGCAUCCCAUAGCCUUUACUACAUGGACGAGGACCUUCCUCCUUGGUGGGAUAUGUUGCUCUCCCGCGGGCUAUCGCGUUUUGUUGCUUCGAUAUUUCACGGCAUAAGUACUGACCACAAGACUCC